GCAGCCGCGCCGGCGCCGAGUCCCCAGUCGGACGGGUCAGCGCGGCCAGGCCUCGCCGCCGCCGGCUCCCAGCGUGCACCGCGGCGAGCGCUCCGAGAGAGCCGGCGGGAUGCGCCGGGCGGGCGGCGCCCACUGACCCCUGGGCGCCCCCGCGGCAGGGCCGCAGCCCGCACGCCCCGCCCAUGGGCCGCGGGCCUCUGCCGCCGCCGCCGCCGCCCGCUCGGAGGAUCGCGCCGAGUCGGGCAGUCGCCGCCUGAGGAUCACACCGGUCGCGCCGCAGGUCACCUGGAUGUCAGCAUGGCCACCACGAACCUGGAGAACCAGUUGCACAGCGCGCAGAAGAACCUGCUGUUCCUGCAGCGAGAGCACGCCAGCACGCUCAAGGGGCUGCACGCCGAGAUCCGGCGGCUGCAGCAGCACUGCACAGAUUUAACCUAUGAGCUGACACUCAAAAGUUCCGAACAGACAGGCGACGGUUCCAGGGGCAGCGAGCUGAAGAGGCGCUGCGAGGAGCUGCAGGCCCAGCUGAGGGCCAAGCAGGAGGAGAACGAGGAGCUGCUGAGGGAGCUGGAGCAGAAGAACGCCAUGAUCGCUGUGCUGGAGAACACGGUGCGGGAGCGGGAGAAGAGGUACCUGGAGGAGCUGAAGGUGAAGAGUCACAAGCUGAGCCUGCUGUCGGCCGAGCUGGAGCAGCGGGCCAGCACGGUCGCCUACCUGACCUCGCAGCUGCACGCCGCCAAGAAGAAGCUGGCGAGCUCCAGCGGCACCUCGGACGCCAGCCCGGCCGGCAGCCCCGCGCUGGCCAGCUACAAGCCGGCGCCCCCCAAGGACAAGCUGCCGGACACGCCCCGCCGCCGCAUGAAGAAGAGCCUGUCGGCCCCGCUGCAGCCCGAGUUCGAGGAGGUCUACAGGUUCGGCGCCGAGAGCCGCAAGCUCCACCUGCGCGAGCCGGUGGACGCCAUGCCCGACCCCACCCCGUUCCUGCUGGCCCGGGAGUCGGCCGAGGUCCAGCUGCGGGAGCGGCCACUUGUCAUCCCGCCCAUCGCCUCGGACCGCGGUGCCAGCGGCCAGCACAGCCCGGCCCGCGAGAAGCCGCACAAGGCCCACGUCGGGGUGGCUCACCGCAUCCACCACGCCAGCCCGCCGCAGGCCCAGCCCGAGGUGGAGACGCUGGCCGUGGACCAGGUGAACGGAGGGAAGGUCGUGCGGAAGCACUCAGGGACAGACAGAACUGUGUGAGCUGCGGGCGCAGCGCGGCCGUCCAUGCACUGUGAGCGCCAGAGGGAACCUCGCCCACGCCCCCUCUCCCGUGCAUGCCAAAUUCUUUUCCACCUGUCACGGCUCUCCUGCCCUCCUGCCCCCGACUGACACCAAAUAGGAUCGUGUCCCCAGCGCUGUGGCCUCCGCGCCCGACCGCUUGCUUCUGAUCCCACCCCACGCCAGCCAAGCGCACUUGUGGGCCAGGCUCAGGCCACCGGCUGCAUCCCUGCGCAGCGACAUCCACGAGAUCAGCAAGUCAGCCUCAAGCGCAACAUGGGAGCAACACGUCUCACCCGACCCCACCCCGUGUCCAGGGCAGCCCAUGCGGGGCAGCCCCGCUCCCUCCUGGAGACCCCACCCCAAGACCUUCCCAGGGCGGCAGCGACCACCGAGCAGCCGUGUAUAAUCACCACGAGCUAAAGGAGAUGACGGUACUCCUCACGCACCACAACCUCCACGCGUGUUCAUACGCUUUCCUUAGUUUUAUCGAAAAUGUU